AUGACAUUGUUAUGGGUAUUUGGAGCUGUUGAGCUUGAGCUUGUGAUGAACAUGUUCGCUAACCACUAUUUACUCACUGCUUUGGGCUGGGUCGCAGGACCUUACAUCAAGCGCUGGUUUUACCGCAUUCGCCGAUCUUGCGAAGUGCGGAAAGAAAAGGAAGUGCAGGGAGAAAAGGGAAUCAGCCCACCCGCUCACUCAACGGUUUGA